AUGCUUAGGACGGUACUUCGUGAGAUGAUACAGAACGCUGCCGAUGCGUCGGCCACUCGGGUCACAGUGAAGUUCGAGACUCUACCUUCCACUACAGUUCCGCUGCCAAAUCCGGCAGACCCAACUGCGCCGCUUAAACAUAUAAUUGCUCAUCACACCCUUCGGAGGCUAAUAAUCUCCAACAAUGGGCAUGCAUUCACAGAGAAGGACUGGAGUCGACUGAAGAGGAUUGCGGACGGUAACCCGGAUGAAACAAAGAUUGGUGUUUUUCGCGUUGGAUUUUAUAGUGUCUUUGAUGAUUGCGAGGAGCCAUUUGUGUCCUCUGGCAACGCAGCUAUGGCCUUUUACUGGAAGGGAAAUUCACUUUUCACCAGCCGACUGGAACUGAGCGGAACUAAUGCUUCCCCCGAUACUUCCCCCGAUACGACCUUUGUCCUUGACUAUCGAAAUGAUAUCUCUCCUGUUCCCUCGCUGCUAGAGCUUGCAAAGUUUCUCGCCACGAGUCUCACAUUCGUCGGUCUGGAGAGUAUUGAUUUGUGGUUAGAUAAUUGGAACUUGCUGAGAUUGAAUAAGAAGGUUGCACCAAGUGAAAAGGUUACGAUACCUCGAGAUAUUGAAACGAAAACUGUUGAGGGACUUAUGGAAGUCACCAGUGUUAUAAGGGAGGUUGCUCAAGUCGAUGCCACAUGGAUAAAAUUAGUUGAAUGGAGCCCUCAAAACACUCUAUCUGCUCGUCUGGAAGGCAUUCGCGACACGACAACCACCGUUCGCUCGUUCUUCUCCAAAUUUACCGGGUGGUCUAGAGCCUCUGAUAAGCCACCAACGGAGUCAGUAGAGAGGCUUGACGAUGCGGAAGACCUCACUGAAAACCAAAAAGCCUCCGUAUUCUUGCAUAUCAAUACGGCUUCUGUCCAGUCAUCUAUAAGCAAUUCUCUCGCUAGCGAACUAGAAAGAGCAACUCGCAAGCCCCAGCCAAAGCGGACGACAAUUGCGAUCCUUUUCACUAAGAAGUUGAUCGAUGUUGGUCUUGUGACAGAAGUGACAGUUUCAGGCAUCAAACGGGAACUUGAAAACAAUGCUUUAAUCUCUGCCCAACUGGUAGAGUUUAUCUCAUGGAUCGGAAAGCGCGCCGCCUCUGGUGAACUCGAUCAGAAGACCACAAAGUCCCUCCUCAGUGUUGCAGUUGCAAAUGAAAAGCCUUCUGAAGGACAAGCCGGCCAAUUGUUAACUCUAGCUGGAAUUGAUUGCUAUCUUAACCCCGCCCGUAUACGCUCCGACUUGCCCAUACCACCGUCAGUUAUUCCCUUCAAGUACACAAAGUCUUUAGAGAAAAGCCAACUAGAUGCCGUCGGUUGGAAGGAGCUCCAGAUAGUUCCUUGGCUUCGUUGGCUUGUGGAAAACGCCGGAAAUCGAGGGGUUCUACCUGUCGAGAAGGAUAUCACUCGCACUGCCUCGUUUGCUGCUCAAAUUCUGCCGGUUCUGUCAAAGCAGUGA